AUGGAUCCUUGUAUUCCAGUGCUCAGUAGUUAUUCGGAAAAGUCAGCUAGUGUAUCGGACCAUUCACAAGUAGACUUUUCACAUCUCAUACACCACUCAGAUACCGUGCUUUGAGCAACAUCACUAACAGUUAGGUACUUAUGAUAAGACCCACCUAAUGUUCCGGCAGGCAAGAUUAGUGCUAUGCGAUCAUAUAUGGGAUAACUAACAGCUUAACCUAUUAAAUACAUUAACCGUAGACGCAUUAGAUGCAUCAUGCAAGGCCUGGAAUAAUCAAAAUCGAACCCUUCAAGUUCAAGAAAACUCCCAUUAUCUACCACCCUAGUACUUACUACCUAUGGAAUGGACAACCCUAAGCCCCCUACCCAAAAUAACACCAGGGUAGAUCUUGUAGCUUCAACCGGAGACAUAACGCUGCAAAACGAAACGCCUCCCAACGAUGAAAAAAAUGACGGUCUCCGGGGCUAUUUCGAGACGGCCCAGUGGACGGCCGACGGGACCACCAUCCUCACGACCUCAUCCUCGCACCUGAUAUCCGGCUACAUGCUGCCCGAGGACCUGCUCUCGCCCACCGCAACCCGGCCCCUAACCCUGACCCCGCAAGCCACCAUCCAGCUCCCGGAGCCCAGCAACGUGCUCGCGGGCGCCCCUUACUUCCGGCUCGCGGAGCCGUGGACCCAGCAACUGCUCGUCUCGAGCCGCGACCACCCCAUCCACCUCUUCUACCUCUCCCCAGCCUCCCCAUCCCCAUCCCCCGCAUCCUGCUACCCCCUCAUGAAAGCCCACUCCGAAACCUUCCUCACCGCCACCUCCCUCAUCUGGCCGUCCCCCGGAACCCACUUCAUCGCGGGCACGCGGAACAUGCUGGCCCUCUUCGACGUGACGCGCACCAACAGCGAGCCGCUGACGCGCAUCAAGACCAUCCCAUCAGACCGCCACCUCUCCAAGGGCGGCGGCGUCGGCAUGCGCGGCGCCGUCUCCUGCCUCAGCGCCCAGCCCACCAGCGACGCCGACCACGGCAGCCUCGUCGCCGCGGGGACCUGGACCCGCUGGGUCGGGCUGUACGACUUUGCCAGCCCUGGCGCCCGCGCCUGCGUCGCCACGUGGAGUAUCACUCGUGCCGCCACCGCCACCGCCACCACCACCUCGUCUUCCUCCUCGAGGGGGGUUAGCGGAGCCGAUGAGGGAGAUGCCAAGAUCGGCGGCGACGGCAUCACGCAAACGCUCUGGAGCCCCUGCGGCCGGUACCUCCUCGUCGGCGAGCGCAAGUCAACCGGGAUCCUCGUGUACGACGUGCGCGUGGCCGGCAAGCUGCUCGGCUGGCUCUCCGGCCGCGAGGCGCUCGGCAAUCAGCGUAUCAGCUGCGACGUGUUUCCCGGGCAGGAAGAGGCAGGCGGGUUCGAGGUGUGGUCGGGGACGACGGACGGGACCGUCAAAGUCUGGGAGGGCGUUGGCACGGUCGAGGGGGCGCAUGCGCCGGCGUGGAAAUGGGCGACUGCUGCCACCCGGGGAGGGUCCACGGUGGGGAGCACGUGUGUCCACCAGAGCGGCUCCGUCGUGGCGACUUGUUCUGGGUCCUGGGAGUUUCCGGACGAGGACGGGGACAAGGACGAUGAUGAGGAUGAAAUUGUUACAGACGACUCCCAGUCGCAAAGUAGCGGCAGCAAUAGCAGCAGCGGCGGUAGUAGCAGCGAUACCGGUAGCGACGACUCCGCGUCCGAGAUAUCCUGGAUGCGUAGGCGGAAUAAAGAAAGUAGCUUACAGGUAUGGAGUGUAUCGAAUGGUACCGACGAAGCAGCAGAGCCCUGAGACGAAGGGAUUUGCUUAAAAGCUCGAAUAAUCACUGCGUACCUACGUACCUAGUAGAUAUGUAACCCCCAUCCAUGAUACCCAGGCUGGAUCUAGUCAGCCGUACCAAGCAGUGCACUCAGGCCCAAUGACUUAUUAGGUGUA